AUGACAGAGAGUAAAGCGGAUGAGAACUCAAAACGCAAUGGCUCAUACUCCACCCGAGGUCGAGAUCUCGACCAAGCGUAUUGGUAUGUGCAAGAGUCAAGAAGCCACAAUGAAGACCGGGCAUCCGCAGGCGAGUUGAAGGCUCUGCGUCGAAAGGUGGACUGGCGAAUUGUGCCCAUAAUGUUCUGCUGCUAUACCAUGCAAUUCAUUGACAAAGUCGCGCUAAAUUAUGCAGCUGUGAUGGGUCUAAACAGGGACUUGAGACUGAAAGGCAAUGAAUUCACCAACGCCGCGACCUGGUUCUUUAUUUCCCUCCUUAUCGCCGAGGUACCCAACGCUAUGAUUUUGCAAAAGGUCCCAGUUGCCAAAUGGCUGGGCGUCUUCGUGCUAACGUAUGUGCUUGGUUUCCAUCUGGUAGGGGAGUUGCUACAGCUUGUACGGCUGCCGCCCAUGGCAGCGAGAAUAUUCCUUGGCAUAUUCGAAGCUGCCAUCGCGCCCUCUCUGAUGCUCAUCAGCAGCCAAUGGUAUACCAAAUCGGAAGCAGCACCUCGCUUCAGUGUCUGGUACUCCGGCCUGGGGCUGGGACAAAUUCUGGGCGGCAUUGUCUCUUUCGCCUUUCAACAAGUAAAGAAUCCAUUUUUCUCCGGAUGGAAGAUCAUGUUCGUCGUCUUGGGCCUUGUGACUGUAAUCAUCGGCUUCAUAACCUUCUUCUUCCUGCCAGAUACGCCGAUGAAGGCUCACUUCUUGUCUGAAUCCGAGAUAGUUGUCCUGCUAAAGCAUGUUGCAGUCAACCAGACUGGGAUUGUGAACAAAAGGGUAAAACCUAGGCAGAUAUUGGAAAUCCUGUUCGAUGUCCAGUUGUGGUUGAUGGUCGUUUUGACGAUUCUGAUCUCAAUCUCGAGCGGUGUAGUCACAACAUACUCAGCGACACUGAUUCGAAACUUUGGCUUCACGCCUCCAGACGCUGCCCUCCUCAACAUGCCUUCAGGCAUCGUAUCAAUCCUUAGCACGCUGAUCGUUGGGUACGGCGUCCGCCACACAUCGAACCGAUGGGCAUGGCUAAUAGCAUGCUGCGUUCCUGGUAUUCUUGGUGGAGCCUUAAUGUCCUUUGCGACAAGCAAUCGCGGAGCCCAACUCGCAGGCAUCUACCUGGUGAACGCCAUCACAGCAACGCUCAUUAUUAUAUACCAAUGGACAUCAUCGAACGUGGCUGGGCACACAAAGCGCGUCAUCGCUGUUUCUCUAGUUGCCGGAAGCUUCAGCGUGGGGAAUAUCAUUGGACCCCAGACUUUUCAAGCCAGAGAUGCACCGGACUACAUUCCUGCCAAAAUCACGGUUCUGGCAACUCAGGCCGCAGCGGCUCUGAUGGCUUUCCUCACAUUCGUAUAUUAUGUCUUGGCUAAUAAACGCAAGGACGCCGCACCGGUUGAGGUUGAAGUAACAGAUCAAAAUAGGGAGCAUUUGUGGGAGGACCGGACGGAUAAGGAGAACAAAUCGUUCAGAUAUGUAUAUUGA